UACUCCCGCCAAAAUGUCCAGCUGGUCCUCGUCAUUUCCCUCUUCGUUUUCUCCCAAAACGACGAAGGUCUAACUCAGCCCACUCAGCAUACAAAGCAUGUAACUUCCUUCAGUAUACGGUCGCCUUCACUCGAUGGCUCUGGCAGCUGCCUUCAACGCCUUUAAGUCCUCAAAUCUCGUCUCGUGGAAACAAACUGGCAGGCUCCAGCAAACCCUUGCUGGAUGCAUAGAGCGGGCCGGGAAGACUCUGCAUUCUGGCGAGGUUUCCACCAUUAGAAUUUGGCCGGACCUUGCCGGCCAAGGGAGGUAUUUCGAUUUCCGGUCCAAUUUGAUUCUUGCGUCCAUCGAUUUUGCCGAAGAGUCACCUCUCUGCACUACCCUUUGUAAGAAUGGGUUCAGAAUUCGAACCAUUGAGCACUUACUGUCAGCCUUGGAGGCCACCGGGGUUGACAAUUGCAGGAUUGAGAUACAGAAUUCGGACCCUGAAGAUGGUAACGUGGAGGAGACUGAUAGUUCCCAGAAAUGUCCACAAAUGUUUAUGCAGGUUCCCAUUUUUGAUGGCUCGGCAAACGAAUGGGUAAGGGCAAUUAAAGAUGUUGGGUUAAAGGUGGCCACAGAUCACUUUGGCAAUAGUCGUGAAAAAAUGGCCCCUUAUGUGAUUGAACCAGUGCAUGUGUGGAGGAAUGAUUCCUUUGUAGCUGCAUUCCCUUCAGAAAAGGUUCACAUAACUUAUGGGAUCAACUUUUCUGAGGUGCAUGGCAUUGGCUGCCAGUGGUUUUCUUCAGCUUCAUUGGAUGAUUAUUUCUAUAGUGAGCAGAUAGCUUCAUCAAGAACCUUCUGCAUUUAUGAGGAGGUGGAGCAAAUGCGUAAUGCUGGACUCAUAAAAGGCGGCUCCCUAGAAAAUGCCAUUGUUUGUAGUUUCGAAAAAGGUUGGUUGAACCCCCCGCUGCGUUUCCCUGACGAACCUUGUCGGCAUAAGGUAUUAGAUCUUAUUGGUGACCUCUCCCUUUUUGCACAGUUUGGCAGUCAAGGGCUUCCAAUGGCACACAUAGUGGCUUACAAGGGUGGCCAUGCACUCCACGCUGAUUUCGUACGCCGGUUAUGUGGAAAGAUUUAGUAUUUGGGAAAACUUUUUCCAAACAUGUUUCUAGGUUUUAAAAAUAUGAUAAUUGAAAGAGAACUUCCCGAAAACCCUGUCACCAACGUGUAGUUAUUAGGCAAGGAAUUUAAGCAUUCAAUUGUUUUAAAUAUAAAAGCCAGGCCGCAGAUAUUCAGCACAAGUCCUGCAAACAUAAAUGGACUGUGUCGUGUGCAAAAAGACUUGUUGAGGUUGGUGUGAACCGGAGAGAUCAUGCAAGGAGUUGUGUAUUCUUUGAGGGAAAACAGAAAUUACUGGGUAAAUCCCAAUAAGGUAUUCAGUUUUUCUUUUUUCCAAACAA